AUGGCCCCUCCAUCCCCGCCGCCCGCACCUGACGCCGACUCGGUCCUCGACCGUCUCCAGAGCUUUGUCUCGGAUAAUAAGCGCGCGCUUCUCAUUGGCGCGGCUGCUGCGGCCGUCGCGGCCGGCGCUGCCGUGUACUACGCCAGCGCAUCCCAGCCGGGUGCGGGCGACAGUAAGCGGAGGAAGGAGAAGAAGCCGAAGAAGUCAAAGAAGUUUGGCGAGGACGGUGGUCCCAUUCUUGAGGAGCGCGAGCCCAAGAAAGGUACUCCCAGCGUUGUAUCUGUCGAGAGCGAGGCGGAGGAACUGUCGGCCGAGCAGAUCCAGGGUCUGUCAGAUGAGGAGCGUGCCAAGUACGCUGCCGACUUCAAGUUGAAGGGCAAUAAGGCCUACCAACGACGCGACUUCAAAGCCGCUAUUGACUUGUAUACCCGCGCCAUUGCCGUCUCGCCCAAGCCCGACGCAGUCUACUACUCCAACCGUGCCGCAUGCUACGUCAACUUAACACCUCCCGACCACGAAAAGGUUGUUGCCGACUGCGACUCCGCUCUUGCACUGGACCGCAACUAUGUGAAGGCGUUAAACCGUCGUGCAACUGCGCUUGAGGGCCUCAACCGCAAUGAGGAGGCUCUGCGCGACUACACGGCUGCCACCAUCUUGGACAAGUUCACCAAUGAGCAAGCUGGACAGAGCGUUGAGCGUGUGCUCAAGAAGAUUGCGACGGACAAGGCUGCGGAGAUUAUGCAGACCAGGGAACGCAAGCUUCCCUCCUUCACCUUCGUUUCUGCCUACUUCGCCGCUUUCCGUCCUCGCCCGCCACUUCUUGUUCCCGAGACACCAUCGACGGGCGACAACACCCUUGUACUUGCCCUCGACGCGUUGAAUGCAUCCGACUACAUCCACUCGCUCACCCUCGUCAACGAGGCGAUCGAGCAGGGUUGCUCCACGGAUGUCCUCACCGCCGAAGCUCUCAACUUGCGCGGUACCUUCAAGUUCUUGACAGGCGACACCGACGGCGCACGCGCCGACCUCGAGAAGUCCGUCGAGCUCAACCCCGCAAACACACAAAGCUGGGUCAAGCUCGCGAGCGUGCACAUGGAGCAAGGCGAGCCGCCCAAGGCCUUCGAGUGCUUCGAGAAGGCUGCCCAGGAGAACGCCGAUGACCCCGACAUCUACUACCACCGCGGUCAGGUUCUGUUCAUCAUGAACGAGUUCGCCAACGCUGCCGAGGACUACACCCGCUCGAGCUCGCUGGACGACUCCUUCGUGUUCAGCCACAUCCAGCUUGCAGUUGCGCAGUACAAGCAGGGCGAUCUCGCGAAGUCUAUGGCUACGUUCCGCAGGACACUCAAGGCGUUCCCUGACCGGUCGGAGCCGCAGAAUUACUACGGCGAGCUGUUGCUCGACCAGGGUCGCUUCCAGGAUGCUGUCGAGAAGUUCGACCGUGCUAUUGAGAUCGAACGCACAAAAACGCCCAUGAACGUCCUCCCGCUCGUCAACAAGGGCCUCGCGCUCUUUCAAUGGCAACAAGAUGCCGCCGCCGCCGAGCGUUGCUGCAGCGAGGCUCUCAGCAUCGACGAUGCAUGCGAGGCCGCGGUUGCAACGCUCGCUCAGCUGAGCUUGCAGCAGGGCAAGAUCGACGAGGCCGUGCGCAUGUUCGAGCGCAACGCCCAGCUCGCACGGAACGAGGCCGAGCUCGUCAAUGCGCUCACGUACCAGUAUGCAAGCUAUGCUCAGGUCGAGUUCAUGAAGCACUACCCGGAGAUGGCGAGUCAGUUGGGGCAGAUGGCGAGGCAGAUGGUUUGA